CCCAACCCUAUGAGAGAUACCGUAGAAUCCACCGCACCACUCCUCUCAAACCACACAGAAUUAUCCUCUCAGAGAGAGACACCAACCGCAAGGCUACUAAAUUGUAAUCAAAUAGCCAAUAAAACUAUACCGCCUAUCACCGUAGAUAUAGACAUGUCACCAAAUAAUCCCGGAAAAAAGUCAAAAUCCCCCGAAAGUCGGCCCUGUCCAUAAGUCCAUUGGUAAAAAAAGGAGAAUAUGCUCCCAAAUCAUGCCAACAACAAAAAUGGCAGUAUAAAUAAGCCCACAUCUCCCACGGUCAAUAGUAUUGGCACCCACAACGUGCGAAAUAUCACCAUGGCCCACACUGAUAACCAACGCCACAACAAUGCCUCCCUCAAUAGUACAAGUGGCAAUAGUCAGAACUCGACCACCAACAACUCAGGGUAUCCACAGUAUGGCACACAAAUAAACUUUGAUCGGAUAUAUGGUACAAGUCUGCUGGGAACUAACCCACAAAGCAGUACACACGAAACCCAUACAAGGACACAACUAGUACCUAACAAUAGGUGGAAAAAUAAACCAUGGUCUCCACGAGGUCCUAAUCAUUUUUUAUCCCCUGCGUCCCUGUCAGCGUUGAAAAAACAGCUGGUAGGGAUGUCAACACUCCUAAACCGGUAGUGGUGACUCCCCCUUUGCAUGAAUAUAGGAACAGUCUAGUUCACCCUCAUCCAUUAAGCACACUUGAUACAUGCACAAGUUUAGGUCAAAUAAAGAUCCCUACCCAUGUUUCUGGCUUAACUAAAAAUAAAAAUGCCUUAGCCUAUAGCAAAUCCAGUGCUCCAAUGCUUAAUUCUUCACCGAAAACAGCACAC